AUUCUAUAAAGGAAACUCAACAAGAUGAUAAAGAAGUUUCUUAUCCUUCAACGAGUUAUAAACCUGAAACAAUUCAAAUUAAUAAUAAUCAAGAAUCUGAUAUUAAUAAACAUUUUCCAUCAAAAAGAUCAAUCGAUAAAUUAUUUUUAUCUCAAUAUCCAAUAAUCGGGGUGCAUGGUCGAAUGGAUUCAAGUGGUUCUUCGGUUUUAAGUUGUUCAUAUGCUAAUCAUCCAUAUAAAUCAUUUGUUUUAAUGUAUCGAUCUGAAUUAAUUGUUAAACAAUUUUGUUUGAUUGAACGUAACCUUUUAUUAAAUGUUCAAUGGGAUGAAUUGGUCGAUAUUAGUUGGACCAAAGAUGAUGAAAAAAUUGCGUGUGAUUGGGUAGCUACAGAAAUUGUGCUUACUAGAGAUUUAGAAGAACGUGCAUUGGUAAUUGAAAAAUUUAUACGCAUUGCACAGAAAUGUCUUCAAUUAUCAAAUUUCGCAACUUUGGUUCAGAUUCUUCUUGGGUUACAAUCUCCACCUGUUGAACGAUUACAUCGAACUUGGACUCGAGUUCGAACAUCCGAAAUGCGUAUAUUAAAAGAAUUAAAUGAAUACAUAUCUCCUUUUGGUAACUGGAAAGUUAUUAGAGAUGCGAUGCGAUUAUAUUUAUCUGAUUUGGUUUUUAAUUCAGAAAUUCCUUCAUAUAUUGAUCCAACUCCAACUCCAUCUCCAUCACCAUUUUCUAUUUCUAUAAUUCAAUCACAACCAUUAAUAAAUUUUCAUAAACAUAGAACUACCGCAACAAUUAGUAAACGAGUGAUGGCAUUUCAAAAUUUAUCACUUAAUUAUAAUUUUCCAAUCGAAUCAGAUGUUUAUAACAAAUGUGCUACAUUAAAAGGUGUUGAAGCUACAAAGUUGGUAGUAAUGGAUUUAGAUGUUGAAGAUUAUGUUUAG